AUGCCGCUCUCCCCCAGACUCCCCCGGUCUCCACUCCUCCUGCAACUUGCUCCGUGGCUUUGGCGAUCGAUUUUCACAUUCACCACGCCCAUCCUCAAGGGUUGUACGUACUCACCCUCUGUGGGAGAGGUCUGCAUCUACUACACCAUCUCGUGUGGCAGUAGACAGGCGCAGACGAGAGUCGUGCGCAUCGAGGCAGCCAUCUGGAGGCGCGCAGAAGAGACACAACAGACACGCGUUGCCUUGGAUAGGGUUCCAUUAGCCGACACGGAAGAUAACACCAUCGAGCAGCAGCGGACGGACUCCCGCUAUUGCGGACCUCGUCGCCAUGCCGCCCUGCGCUCGGUGUACGCCUCCUGGAGGCCGCUCAACAGGACACAUUGCGAAGGCCAAACGCCAACGUUGCACCGCGUCCGAAACCAUACAGGUCUGCUCUAUUGCGUCGGAAGUGGUGAUGUGCUAGUACUUGUGAGAAGGGCUGGUAUGCCAAUACCCGACGGACAAGCCAUGGCUUGCGCUCUCACAUGUGACGAGUCUUCUCGUAAAUGCGACCUACACCGGACCUGGCUCAAAGACUAUAGCUGGCGAGGUGGUUCGCGCGCCGCCUCAGCUGCGACAGGGAGGAAAAGACUGGCAGUUUACAUGUGCCUUGACUCACUGGUGAAUCCGACAACAAGUGGGCGGCCGGAGUUGUCGUCGUCCGAGGAAAGGGACGGAAAGGAACCGCAACGCAAUCUGGCAGUCCGAGUUGUGCAGAAACACUUUUUGGUGGCUGCUGCUGCUGCUCGCUCGGCGCACAAACCAAAGAAGCUGAUUUUUGAUGAGUCGGAGGAGUUUACGAGUUGCGUUCCUGGCCCAACAGUAUCUCGCCACCCAACUACCGAGCCCACCACCCCUUGGUGGCCGAAAAUGGGAUACGGCAAGGGCAAAAAGCAACCAUCCCCAGAAAGCUAA